UUUACAAGUAGAGCUGCACUCAGACAAGCAAAGAAGCGGCUAAUAGUCGAGACAGAAUCAUGACAUUUGCAACUAUCCACUCCCCAGUACUCUCACUCACAGUUCGAGCUUCAGUUGACAUACAACAAAGAAUAUCUUACACACCACAUCGAACCAUCCCUAAAAACCCCAAGCCCACAGCCACCCCUUCUCCACCCACCACCACCACAACAAGCUCACCCAACUUAUCCGUAUCAGACCUCCUCAGCCGCCCCGAAAAAGUCGCUACCCAAGUACCAGUCAGUGAAACUAGUUCUUUUAUGGGGUAUGAUGCUUGGUUGCCGACUGCGCCUAAAGUAGAGAAGCCGCGGUCUGUGUACAAUGCAGCUUCAUUGGCGUUUAUCGGUGACUGCAUUUAUGAGCUAUAUGCUCGGAGAAACUUUUUGUUUCCUCCGCUAAAUAUUGAAGAAUACAAUGAUCGUGUGAUGGCUGUUGUACGUUGUGAAGCUCAGGACACGAUGCUACAAAAGCUCAUAAAUGAUAACGUUUUAUCCAAAGAAGAGAGCAGGGAUAUUAUCCGCUGGGGAAAAAAUAUAGGUUCAGCAACCAAAACGAGGACAAAGAAACGUGCCGGCAUAGCUGUUUACAAAAGAGCAUCUUCACUUGAAACACUGGUUGGUCACCUGUACUUGACAAACACAAAACGUCUGGAUGAGAUUAUGCUAAAAUUAGGCUUCUCAGUUGAUGGUUCUACCAAAUUGGUCUUGGAUGAAGGAAAUGGCAAGUCUGCCGGACAUUGAACAGAAAUAGCAACAAAAUGUGCGGGUAUGAGUGUAACUCUUGAUUGUGUGCCAGGCGGAUUCAUCAACAGACAAAAUGUACAGAGGACCCAACGAUUAGUCUUAUCUGUAUAUAAAAAAAUUUAGACUUAUUGAAGAUGAAAAAAUAUGCAAGUCAUUUAAGAUAUAGGUCUAAAGCAUCAAGCAAGCUUCUACUUCCGCAACUAUGUAACAAGACUUGGGACUAUGGAAGUUGUUGGUGUAAUAUUUUGUGUCUA